UUUCAGGAUUUCGGCCUUAAUUCGUUAUCGAAACAUCAACAAAAUUGAUUAAAUAGAAGAAAAGUAAAAUUGUGGAAGUGCUUCUUUAAACUAGUUCUUAAAAGUAAAAUGUUGCGGCCGCUACAAACCCUUCGCACUCUUCUGUUUAAUACGCAUCUUCAGAAAGCAUUGAUUCCACCGAACAUCACGCGAAGUAUCAUGCCAUCCAAUUUGCUAGAUCGGCGUUACUCCAAUAUUCCAGACUACAAACAGGCCGUAAAUGAUUCGGUUCCAACAGUGGAUAAUGAGAAAAAGCGAAAAAUUCUUGAGCUGGAACUGGACGUAAUGAGGCAGGAGGGCAGGAAAGUUCCGACACCAAGUCGCAUCAGAGAGGACCACUGGGAUGAGUUAUUACAAAUGAAAUCCCGAAAUCAACGACGCCAGUACUAUCUUUACUUGUGGAACAUUGAAAUGGCCAAAGAAAAUGCGCAGCUCAAAAAAGAUCGCAAGAAAGUGGAAAUAGCCAAGCGAAGGGAGGAAUUGGAUCUGUCUAAUGUGGACAACAAUCACAUCCUGUACGGUUUGUUCCAUAACACAAUGUUUUUAAGGAUUUAUGAUUCUACCAUGGAUCAUUUCAAUAAUAACAAAUUAGUUCAGGCGAUGCAAUUUGGUCAAAACCUAGUAUUUGAUUGUUCCUACGAUGAAUACAUGAACGACAAAGAAAUGCGAAAUACGGCGAAGCAAUUAAUGCUGUGCUUUGGAAUUAAUCGAAUGCACAAUGAACCGUUUAACGUCCAUCACUGUAAUGCUAAUUUUAAUCGAACGACAAUGAAAUCGUUGAGGAAACAUUUGGUGCAUAUUAAUGAGCCUUCCUUUCCAUUUAAUGUUAGUGAGAAAUGUUACACCGAAUUGUUUCCUAAGGAGCGCCUAGUUUAUCUAACUCCACACUGCAGAACGGAUCUAAAAGCAUUUGAUCCAGAUGAUGUAUACAUUGUGGGGGCAAUGGUGGACAAGUCCUCUCAGGAGCCCGUUUCAUUGGGCAAAGCAAAAAAGCUAGGACUACGAAUGGCUCGGCUUCCACUGGACGACCAUUUUCAGUUCAAAGGAGGCAAAUCACUUACGAUCGAUCAGAUGAUGCACAUUCUAUUAGAAUUGAAAACGUCGAAUAACUUUGAGAAAGCCUUCGAACAUGUUCCCAGGCGAAAGGUGAUAUCGCUGGACGAAGAACAAAGACAGAUGCAGCAGAAGCUUAGAGAGCGAAAUCAAGCAGAUAAAUUUAAGUUUAGUAUGGGGAAAUUUUCUGGUCAAAAAUAUAGGAAAAAAUGGAAUUAACGUACGUCUGUAUUUGUUGGAUCAGUGCCGAUUUUUCAGUAGACUGACAGAUAGUGCGCGUACAAAUAAAUGUAAGCUGAAGCUGAAUAAAGGUACUAUUAUAU